GCUCUUUACCGUGGAGGUGCCGUAAGACCUCUUUCUCCACCGAUCACGCUGGUUUCGGCUUUCAGAAACACAUACUUUAAGGAAAAACUCUUUUAAUCCAGUCGCGUGCUUCUUCGGCACCUAACGCAAGAAAAGUUAAUAAUCAUGGAGUCCUUCUUGUCGAAUCCGAAAAACGUCGUUGUCUUGGACGGCGGCCUCGCCACCGAGCUGGAGAAAGGCGGCUGCGACCUGUCCGAUCCUUUGUGGUCGGGCAAGGUGCUCCUCGAGACGCCGCGCCUCAUUCAGGAAGUGGAGGAGUCUUACCUGGAGGCCGGCGCACGCUGCAUUAUCACCGCCAGCUAUCAAGUCACACCUCAGAGCCUCAUGGAGCACCGCCACCUCGCCGAGCCAGUUGCCGUCGCUUCCAUCGAGGAGUCGGUCCGCAUUGCGCAGCGGGCACGCGAGCAGUACCUGCAGCGUCACCCACAGGCCGGCCCGAUCUUCAUCGCGGGCUCUGUCGGCCCUUACGGCGCCUACCUCUCCGACGGCUCUGAGUACCGCGGAGACUACGUGCGAACAGCAGAGCAGUUUAAGGACUUUCAUCGCUCUCGUAUCGCGGCGCUGGUCCGUGCGGGCGCGGAUGUGUUGGCCAUCGAAACCCAGCCCAAUGCGGCGGAGGUGCGUGCCAUUAUCUCGCUGCUGCAGGAGGAGCAUCCGUCGAGUCGUGCCUGGGUGUCCUUCACGACUUCACGCACCUCACCGGCGGAGGCGAUUAGCGACGGCACCCGGUGGACAGACAUCGUUCCGAUGCUAGAGGCUGCCCCGCAGAUCAUCGCCACGGGCGUGAACUGCAUCCCGAUGGCAGAGGCGUCUGCUGCGCUGGCGCACCUGCACACGCUGACGCGUCUACCAUUGGUUGUCUACACCAACUCCGGCGAGACCUUCGACGCUGCUACGAAGUCAUGGCUCCCUAUCACCGUGUGCGAUGGCACUUCGCUCAGUCUGCAGGCCCUGGCGACGGAGUGGGCAGGCCACGGUGCUCGUCUGAUCGGUGGCUGCUGCCGUACAGGACCGGCUGAUAUCGCAGGCACCGCGUCUGCCUUGAGGAAAGCAGGCUACACGGCAUCAAACACCAACACUAAAGAGAAAUGA